CCAACACAAUAUUUCAACUAAUUCGUUUGAUAGAUAUUAACCGUCUCUCAUUUUCAUUAUUGGUUCAGAGACAGACAAUGCAGAACAUCAACAACAAAAACACUUUCAUGGUUAGAAACAGAUCUUCUUCUUCUGAUGAUGAUGAUGCUUUGCCAAGUUAUCAAACCUCUCAAAUAAUCACAAAUACAGAGAAUCUCGAUUUGUCUGUUGAUAGUCCCUUUGGCUUAGACUUCAGCGCUAUACCGGAUUUUAAUAAUAUUUUGGAAUUGGCGCCAGAUUAUGCCACAAAAAUGGAUGAUGCGACGGCUGAUGUUAUUCUACGGGAUAUAUUGAACAAACCUGAUUAUUGUCACAACACAUCUAUACAGAACAGCAAUGUUGUUGAUGAGCAACCGUUUUUCCCACACGCGACAGGGGGUCGUGCUAAAACAUUCGAAUAUAAAGCAGGUAUUACAGAUGAGGCUGUAGCAAUGCGUUAUGCGCCGACGAUACCAUCAGGAUGUGAUUCAGUAGCGCAAAUACACCGUCUUAGUACAAGCGGGAAAAUAUCAAAACGCACAACCGCCGCUGAAACGGAAAGCCAUCAAUUCGCAGCAGCAGAUGACGCUGUAGCAAGACGCUAUGCUCCUUUGAUACCAACAGUCAGUGAUACAUGCUCGCAGAUACACAGGCCUAGUACAAGCGGGAAAAUAUCAAAACGCACAACCGCCGCUGAAGCGGAGAACCAUCAAUUCGUAACGCCGGCAAUUGUACAUAAGAACGUUGCUAGGUCAUCAGUUAUGGCUGUGCAUAACGGCUGUAUCGUACCGAACAAACGAAAGCCGGCUCGACCAAGAACGAAUGAGAGAAGUCAUAAUUCAACAUUUACAGAUCUGAAAAGAAAAUUGUCAUAUUCCGAAAAUGAUAAGCCACAACGGAGAAGGAUCGCGUUACAAACUGUAUCAUGCGUAAGUAAUGAUGUUGCUGUAACAUCAAAACACACAGCGUUUAACACUGCAGACCGGGGUGUCGCUGGUAAUACAAAGACUGUAAAGGUUAAGAGGGCAUCGCGUCUCUCAAGAAGUAAUGUUAAGCAAUUGUCGCAAUCCGCUGUAAUCACAAUUCCAGAUACACAGGUUUGUUCUGAAACAGAAACAAGGCACAUAGCAGGCAUUGGUUUGUUAUCAAAUAUUGACUCAAGAAGUAAUGUUAAGCAAUUGUCGCAAUCCGAUGUCAUCACUAUUACCGAUACACAGGAUUGCUCUGAAACAGAAACAAGACACAUAGCCGGUAAUCCUGUGAUAUCAGAUAUUGAUGACAUAAAUGGGCAAGAGCUUAUUACAAAUUGUGUAGAGUCAACGACACAAGAUCCGCAGAAUAGCUCUGAUGAAGUAUUAUCAGCCGUUGCAGGAAUACCUGGUAAUACUACAACGGUUGAUUGUGUAACAUCAAUGCCCAAUAUUUUUACAACGACAGCCCUGGUACACGCAUCGGCUGAUGCUUGUGUACCGGCGCGAGGGCUAGCGCCCGACAUAGUUGAUGAAUGUCAAAAUUCAGAACAAUUAGGCCAAGACGCUGAAAUACAAUUUUACGCGUUGUUGGGUAAGAUACGGGAAGAUGUUGAGAACAUGGGCGUAAAAAAUCUUCCAGCAGCAUUUUCACUGGAGCCUCAUUACUCUAUGUUGUUGGGGGACCCUGCUCCUUCCACUAUACAGGGACAAACUGGCCCACAGAGUAGCGGAAUUGCUUUUGGAUUGGAUAAAGAUUUGGCAGAAGUACAGAAGACAGAGAGCUGUAGGUGCAGAAGCAUCAAAACGGAGAAAACUAAAUACACAGAAGUCAUCAUUAAUGGUAAUAAAUUGAAGAUUCAUGACUUCAUCACAUGCAAUACUUCCAGUGUCAUCUACCUCAUCAUGUGCAAAUGCGGUAAAUCCUAUGUGGGUAGAACUUCAAGGGCCUUGAAAACACGCAUAGGGGAACAUUUGCGCAACAUCCGUAAAGGCCUUGCCACCCACCACCUCUCAGACCACUACCGGAAGGAACAUCAGUGUUCCACCAAUUCAAUUGCCUACUUUGUAGGUCUCCGGAAUAUCAGGUCCACAUGGAAAGAUAGGAAUCUAGAAGCCAACCUAGCAAAAGCAGAAAUGAGGAUGAUAUUCAAUUUACAAACGCUUUCCCCCAAUGGUCUUAAUCAAGACUUUGAAAUCAAAUGGUUUCUUUAA